UUUCUAUUACGUCACUUCCCAUUUCCCAUCGCCCAUCGCCCUGUAACUCGGAAGAGAUGGUGUAACUAAUAAUAGGGACAUCGGGUUGUUAGAUGUUUAAAAGUUAGUGGCUGUUUCCUUAAACGUGGAAAUGUCGAGUCGGGCUUUGCGGAGACUUAAAGGGAACCCCCGGGGUCAGGAGGCCCUACAAGCGGGUGACCCGGAGCUGGAGACAGGGGAAGAGGAGGAAGAGACCCAGACAGAACCGGCAAAGAACACCAGUCGGAAAGCAAAGAAAAACAAGAAACAGAAAAAUAUCUGUAAUAUCUACGAGCUGAUAAAUGAAGCUGAGAAUGAGACUGAUAAAAAUUGUGAAGUUGAAGCCCCAGCAGAAGAAGAGCAUGUGGAGUCCAAGCUAGACCCUGACAACCAGGAAAAGGAGGAGAAGAGUGAUAAUGAGGAGACAGAAAAGCAAGAGGAGACCCGGGAGAUAGAAAAGUCGAGUGUGAGUGUUAAAGCAAGCAAGAAAAAAAAGAAAAAGAAAAACAAGAAGACAACAGCAGGGGAUGCUCAGGAGGAAGGGUGCACCGAUGACAUUGACAGUAUCCUGGAGACGAUUGAAAAUCAAAAUGGCCUGUCCUAUCGGAAUGAGUGCUCCAGAAAUGCUGACACCAGGCCUAUUCUUUAUGUAGAACAUAGAAACCUGAAUCCUGAAACGGAGCUGAAGAGAUAUUUUGGGGCUCGAGCAGUCUUGGGGGAUCAAAGCAGACCAAGGCAAAGACAGCGACAGUUUCACCGCAGCACAUGGAUGACAACACUAAAGAACACCUGGCCACGAUUCAGCAAACCUGGGAUUUCCAUGAGCCUUCUGGAGACAAGAGAUGGAGUCCAGUAUUUCACUUUUGAACACAGCAGGGAGUAUCAGCAAGUUCAGUUCAAAUUCCUGGAUGCAGUGGAGUCUAUGGACCCAAACAACAUUGUGCUCCUCUUGCAAAUGAAUCCUUAUCACAUUGACUCCUUGCUCCAACUCUCUGAUGUCUGUCGCAUUCAAGAUGAUCAAGAAAUGGCUAAAGACCUGAUUGAGAGGGCCCUGUACAGUUUUGAAUGUGCAUCCCAUCCUGUGUUCAGCUUGACCUCUGGAACAUCCAGACUUGAUUAUCUACGACCUGAAAAUAGGGCAUUUUACUUGUCACUGUAUAAGCAUAUGAUGUUUCUGGAGAAAAGAGGAUGUCCCCGGACAGCACUGGAGUACUGUAAACUCAUACUAAGUCUUGAUCCUGAUAACGACCCUCUGUGCAUGCUGCUGCUGCUUGAUUUCCUGUCACUGCGCUCACGAGAGUAUUCGUUCCUGAGUCGGAUCUAUGAGGAGUGGGAGGCCCACCGGAACCUGUCACAGCUUCCAAACUUUGCCUAUUCAGUGGGGCUGUGUUAUUACUUCCUCAGUCAGCAGGAGGACCUCCCCGCUUCAGAGUGCGCUCAGAAGCAACAGACAGCUGAUCACUUGCUACAAAAUGCACUGCUGAUGUUUCCAAGCGUGUUGAUGCCUCUAUUGGAGAUAUGUGCUGUAGAGCCUGAUGCUGCAGUCUCAUCGCAUGCAUUUUUUGGACCAAGGACUCAAAUUGGGCAGCCCCCUGCCCUGAAUGAGCUCGUGGCCCUCUUCGUCGGGAGGAGUCACUCUCUGUGGAAAGACCCGGCUGUGAUGCUGUGGCUGGAGAGGAAUGUUAAAGAAGUGCUGCAGAGAGUAGAUGCCAAUGAUCCUGUGGUGGAGGAGUAUGAGAAGAAAAGGAAGCUGAGGUACCAAAGUGCCCCAAGAAGCAUCCAUCGCCAUGUUAUCUUGUCUGAGAUAAAGGAGGCCACAGCUGCUCUGCCUCUGGAAGUGACUGCUCAGCCAGUGAUGGGGUUUGAUCCCUUGCCUCCUUUAGAUUCGGUGGCUUCUUACACCAGACCUGAAAGAGCUAAUAGAGUUGCUACUGAUGAAAGCACUUUGUCGCUGUUUUUACGAUCUCUACUGCCAAACUUCAACCUACAGGGUGGCGUAAGGCCUGAGGAGGACCUGGAAGUGGCCCAUGCUGGGCGACAGCUGAACCAGGAAGUGAACCGGCUAAUGGGGGCUAUGAGGGACAUGCUGGCUAAUAUCCAGUUUCAGGAGCCACCGCGUGAGGACAACCCAGAGAGGGAUGAAGAAGAGUGGGAUUGAGACCGUUGAGGUCCAGUUUAGGUGUCUACAGGACAGCAGGCUGCUGGGCCAGGGCUGGGGAAGUUGGAAGGCUACCGGGCUUAGACAACAGCAAUAACAAAGAAACCAUUUUAAAUUCAAUAAUUUAUUCUGUUCAAUUGGAACUGCCAUUCUUGAGGUUCUAAGACCAAAUUAACCCUGCUAAUUCAUCUGUUCUCAAUAAAGCAGCAGCUUUGGAAUUUUGAUGCCACAAUUGAAAGACCAUGAAUAUGUAUUUAAAGUCUCUUUCAAUAGGAGGCUGUUUAAAAAUGUAAAUUUGAAAAUAAAACACCCCCCCCACCCCCCCCCAAAAAAAAAAGCAUACUUUUUUUUUCAAUACUUUCCAUUAUUUAUACAUUUUGUCUGUUUGCAGCAAUCCAAAUGGAUUUAAUUUGUUAUGUAAAAAAAAAAAACAGCCUCAGAAUAUGAAUAUUUUAAUUAACAGCAGCAGAAAAAAUGAAUACACUGCUGGUAAAUGCAAUUCAGGCUUAAUAACACUUUACAAAAUGUAACAGUAGUUUUCACUUGAAAAAUAAUAUGUAACCUACAAACCUGAUGACUCUUAGGUAAGCAUUUAAUACCUGUUUCUUUUACAGUAAUGCAAGCACAGUAAACACAUUUAUAAACUAAUAGUGCUCUUGACAGUUAUAUCUGGGAAGCAGAUACUUAAAAGUGGUGUAAGCAAAGUAUUAUUCUUUAAGAUGAGGCAAAAAGGUUUGGUCAGAGUAUCGGAAUGUUUUUUUGUGCACGUGCUAAAACUAUAUAUCCUCUACGUUUAAAUGGAAGUGUGACAUACAAAUAGAUUUGAUGAAUGGACAGACCCCUCUAUAUAUACCCAGAAUAGGAUACUCUCAGUAAUUUGUGCUAAAAUACUAUUUAUUAUCCCCAGGUUCUCCAGAUGUAUUGGAAAAUGUGAUGUGUGACACACAUGCACAUGUAAGACUUCCUACACUAUAAUCCCUUUCUCUGGGGAUUUCAUUUUGACUGUAAAAAAAGUAUUUUUUUGUAUUAAAAAAAGGGGAAAAAAACUUGUGGCAUACAAAACAUCCCCAAGUAAUAAAAAAAAAAAAAAAAAAGAUUUUCUCUACAGAUUUGAAGACUUGUAUGGACCUUCACAUUUGAUGUGAUGUAUUAGUGAAAUCUAUAAUCUCUUGAGAUAUUCUGAGUGAAAUCUAAUCUCUUGAGAUAUUCUGAGGUGUGUUUUUUCUCCUUGUUCUCCUCAUUCUUUAGAAGCACAUUAGCAGCAAGCAGUACACUAUGAACACAUUCGUUUGAAUCCAGUCUACUGGAAAGAAUGUUUUUUUUACCAAUAAUAUUAAAUAACCUUUUUUGACUUAAUUUCCAAAGGAUUACUUGACAUCCUGACUUCUGACUGUCCCCAUGGCAUGCAUGGUAGUUUAAAUAUAGAUAUGUAGAUCGAUGGAUGUCAUGAUUUGGGAUCUGAUAAAGAUAAUACGGUCAACAUGAGAGUUUGGUAAAAUGAGAACUUAUAUUAAGUUAAAAAAAUAUUAAAUUAAGUUCCAACAAUAAAAACAUUCAUAAAUGGUUUAA